AUUUUUUCGAAUUUACUAUUUAUAAAGGGUGUGCGCGCACCUAAGUUCACCAAAUCUGCGUCCCUCUGUGUGUGUCAAGACAUCAUUAUACAAGCUGGUUGUAUAAUAAGUGCACGAAUCACGUGGAAGUGGAUGGAGCUGAUUUCCUCCUCGCGUAGCACCAUGUCCACUCGCAUUUUCGCCCUCUCCACUCUCUAUAUAUAGGUGACAUACAUCCCAAGACAGGAGCAAGAACCACCUAGCUAUUACAUUCCUUUCUCGUAUCCCGGCCUCUCCCGGAAGUUGGUCUCCUCAGCCUUCAGCUAGCUCCUUCCUACGAACAGAGGUCAACUACCCGCACGCCGGUCAAUCACCUUCCCAGCCAGAGAUCACAGCGCAGUGAGACAUGGAGAUGGCCCCGGCGACGAGGGAUGGAAAGAAUGGCGGCGUGCCGGAAUGGCGGGUGACGGUGCCGGAGGGCGCGUCGGUGACGGUGGAGCACGAGUCCUGCCGGGCCGCGCGGGCAUGGGCGUGGAUGGUUUCUUGCGUGGUCGUGCUCGGGGACAAGGUGUCCGGCUUCGCCAAGCGGAUAUGGAAGAUCGGCGCCGACGAUCCCCGGCGGGCGGUGCACGGCCUCAAGGUGGGCCUCGCGCUCGCGCUGGUCUCGGUGUUCUACUACACCAGGCCCCUGUACGACGGCGUUGGCGGCGCCGCCAUGUGGGCAAUCAUGACGGUCGUCGUGAUCUUCGAGUACACCGUUGGUGGCUGUGUGUACAAGGGGUUCAACCGAGCCGCCGCGACGGUCAGCGCCGGCGCGAUCGCGCUCGGCGUCCACUGGAUCGCGGCCAACGCCGGUCACGAGUUCGAGCCGUUCAUCCGCAGCGGCUCCGUUUUCCUGCUCGCUUCCAUGGCGACGUUCUCGCGGUUCAUACCCACGGUGAAGGCGCGGUUCGACUACGGCGUGACCAUCUUCAUCCUGACGUACAGCCUGGUGGCCGUGUCGGGGUACCGCGUGGAGGCGCUCCUGGCGAUGGCGCAGCAGCGGGUGUGCACCAUCGGCAUCGGCGUCUUCAUGUGCCUCUCCGUCUGCGUGCUCAUCUGCCCCGUGUGGGCGGGGCAGGAGCUGCACCGCCUCACCGUGCGCAACAUGGGUAAGCUCGCCGGCGCCGUGGAGGCCUGCGUGGAGGACUACUUCGCGGAGCAGGCGGACGGCAAGCAGCAGCCGCCGUCCGCCGGGGCGGACGGGUACAAGUGCGUGCUCAACUCCAAGGCGUCCGAGGACUCGCAGGCCAACCUGGCGCGGUGGGAGCCCGCGCACGGCAGGUUCGGCUUCCGCCACCCGUACGAGCAGUACAAGAACGUCGGCGCGGCCAUGCGGCACUGCGCCUACUGCGUGGAGGCACUCAGCGGGUGCGUCCGCUCAGAGAUCCAGGCGCCCGAGCACGUCAAGCGGCACCUCGCCGACGGUUGCACGACGGUGGCGGCGCGGUGCGCGCGGGUGCUCGGUGAGGCCGAGAGCUCCGUGAGCGCAAUGACUACGUCGUGGAGCCUGGAGUUCGCCGUGGCCGAUAUGAACACCGCCGCGCAGGAGCUCCAGAGCGACCUCAGGGAGCUCCCGUCCAAGCUGGCCGAGGAGUCGCCGGCGACGGUGAUCGACGCCGUGCAGCUCUUCACGGUCACUUCGCUGCUGAUAGAGGUGUCCACGAGGGUGGAGGGCGUCGUGGACGCGGUCGACACGCUCGCCAGCCUCGCCGGCUUCAGAUCAGCGGACGCGAAACCUGAAGCUUCAGAAACCGAAACCAAAGUGAUCAAUCCAGACUCGGACGAGGAAGCACAUUGAACAGGUUUAAUCGGAUCCGGAUGCAGGUCGGAAUUGAUCCCAGCCAGAUGAGUGGAGCCGGGCAGAUUAAACUGGUUCCACGAUGGCGUUCGCGUGAUCUGACAUAUCAUUCUUUAUCUGAUUAUUCCUGCUCGCAGCAUGUGUCAUUUCAAUCCCGAUUGAUCCAGCGGUGACAGAGUGACCGAGUUAGAUCAGUGGCGAAUAAAAAAAAACGUGAACACUUGGCCCAGGUCAUUUAGUACGUGCAUAAUAAGUCCCCUCCCAAUAAAAAUCUACCUGCAGUGAUUCAGUAAGUGUUUAGGACAUCUACAAUACAGAGUGAUUACAAUGUACUUAUGGAACUCUACACAUCGUUAUGGAUUAUUUUUCUUCUAAAUAUCUCUGUUUAUUUCUAUAGCGGAGAUGCCAGUAAUUGAGCAAAAAUCUCCACUUCGUUGUAUGCACUUGAAAAUCCAUAACUGAUCCCAAGCUCAUCUGCUCCAGUGUGAACUGUAAAUUCAAAUAAAAUAGCAAAAAACAACUGAAAGUUUUGUACAUAAAAUGAACAAGUUUUCUAUGUGCAUGCAAAAUAUCAUGGCAAUAUGACAGUUGGGGAGCUCAGGGCAGAAAAAACAAAAUCACUGCUCCAAAAUAAAAUAAAAAUUGAACCUUUAUCAAAAUUCUGUUUUUUCCACAGCUCCACUGAUGUCAUAUCGCAUCAAAAAUUUGCACACAUAGAAAACUUGUGCAUCUUGAUUUUCCAUUGCAAUUUGUUUCGAUUUUAUACCGUUCAACCACGGAGCAGAGGCUCAUGUGCACCAAAACACCGUCCUUGUAACCUUGCAUUAUAAAUGUCCUUAGUGUUUACUCAAAAAUUGGUUUAUUUUUCUAAGCACCGGUGGUUCCUGUAGAGGUGCCUAGAAGAAUACAAAGGUGCAUCAAGAAAUAAAUCGUUUAUUAUUAAGCAUUGGUACUUAUUGGUAGCAUACAAAUCUAGACUUUCCAGUGCAUAUGUGCUUAUUUGUUUCUUCAUUAUUUAAUUAUAAGGUCUUAUGUGGACACUUAAGGGCCAACAAGGGAGAAAAAACAUGUGAGGAUGAGUGGAUACAUACAUAUAGAAUAGAAACAAGAGGGCUUUGUGCCUGGGCACCAAAAUCAUAUAUUUCUUACUUAGUUGUUCUAUUAUAUAUAUAAAAAAUUACCUAUGUGGCAUGGCUUAGCACAGAUACACAGUUAAGCACAGUAAGGCUUCUUUGAUUCAAAGGAUUCUCAAAGGAAUUUUGGAGGAUUCUAAUCCAUAGGA